UGUUACACCACACCCUUCGGCUCAGUCAGUCUGAGAGUUCUCUGGGUUGAGAACACAUAUUUUCUGAAAUUAGUGGAAAAGUAAAACUAGUUGAUAAUUCUUUAGUAACGUUUCACUUACUUGCGAUCCACCAUGGCGUUCCAUUCGGUGGUCACGAUGGAGAAGCCGAUGCAGCACAUCUCGCUGACGGACUGGUAUGCCAGAGUCAACCAGAUGCGUAACAUUGCCGAUGCUCGGCGGUCGGAUGCCUUCGCCAUCCGUCACUCAUCCCGAUCGCUCAGGAAUGAGACGAGGAUUGAGGGAGAUUGGGCCAACUAUGAGACCAAUGAGACACUGACCGAUCGCAUUUCCGAGCUGAAUCGCUGGCGGGAUAUCCUGGAAAAGGCUUUCGAACGAAUCGUGCGUGAGAUCGACUUGCUGCAGGAGGAGAAGAAUGCCACAGAACGGGAGCUGGAGGCGUUGGCGGGGCCUAUUUCGGUGAUUGCCGAGUGCCUCACCAUGCGCGACGGUCGCAUUGGCUCGGAGAUCACCUACGACGAGGCCGACACAGAGAUCAAGAACGAGCUGGCCGUUCUGGAGAAUAACCAGCGGCUGCUGGCGGAUCGCUGCCAGAAGGCAUGGGAGAAGCUCUGCCGGCUGGAGGAGGUGCGCUUCAAGAUUGGCCUGGAGGUCGGGAACAAAGUGGAGGCCGUGCAGCUGGACAAGUCGCAGUUGGCCCUCGAUCGCAACUCUGCAAAUAUUUCCUAUAAGCCGGAUGCCACCAGGAACCCAAAGAAUUCCUGCUCCUACGAAGCCUGGCUAGAGCACGUCAAGAACAUGAAACUGCUGGCAGAGAACGAGCUGGCCGAUACGUACGCUAUCCGGGAGGCCCUCUUCGUUUGCCGCGAGAAGGCUCGCAACAUGCUGCAGUCUCAGCAGGACCGGGCGGAGCACACCAUACGCAAGCGGAUCUUCGAGACGCAGCGGGCCAGAAAUGAACUGGAGUGGCAGCAGCUGAAGAUGAAGGAGGAGAUGCAGAAGGCGGUGUGCGAGAUUCGCACCUCGGAGCAAGCGCUGCGCGACAAGACGGAUGCCUUGAAGCUGGCCGAGACGCGCUUGGAGAACCGUGCCCAGCGCUCUGGCAUGGAACUGUGCAUGGAUCAGGCGCACGAUAUGCUCUGCUUGGAAGUAGAGAAGCUGCGUGAAAUCAGACGUCGACUGCUGGCCAAGAUCGAUGAGAGCAAGGCCAACUUCAAUUUGCUGGAGGAGCACGGCAAGCGCAUCGACAUGGAUCUGGAGAACAAGCAGCACUCGUUGAUGACCGACAUUCGGGCCCUUGAUCUGCGAAUGCGCCUGAGGGGCGGCGAGUUCGGCACCAAGGUGACAAGUCCCACGCAGACGGACAGGAACAUCACGCUGACCCGCAUGGAGAACGAGAUCCCCAAGGACUAGACUACCUUUUAUCAAUUGUAUUUGAUAUAUUCCCUGACUUUCAUUCUGCGUUUUCAUCACUAGUGCAAAAUUUUUGUGAGUAAACAAGA